AUGCUCUUUGGGGAGAAAAAAUUACAAGCAAAUAAAACUUGCGAAGAAAAAAAUUUGCAGGAAAACUUGCCAAGGAAAAUUUGUUUUGGAAACCUUACCAAAGAAAAAUUUCCCGUCUGUGCAAUCCUUACGACUGAUAAAAACUAGAAGUUCUCAAAUAAAGCGGGCGAAUAUUGAGGACUUUUGUCUUAUAUUUUCACAGGAUUGGGUCGAGGUAGGAAAUCCUGAAUACGAAACAUUCGUGAGAAUAGAAGCAGGACCAAUUUAUGAACUCUGGGCAAUCACAAGUAACUUGCAUCCUUACAAGAGACUGGGGAUGAACGACCAAGCUCCAAGUGGAACAGCCUGGGAACGAGUACCGGACAUUUUACUGUAUGACGUCUCACUUGGAAUUUAUGGCCCCAUGGGGAUAUAUUAUAGAACAAAAGAUUUGAUGAUACUAAACGGUUGGUAUAUUUAACUAUAAAAAUUGGUAUAUACUUACAUAUUACGAUACCUGCACUUUCAGCAAAAUAAUUAGUUUUAUUCUUAUAGUUUACUGCAUACAGCUAAUUCAAUUAAGGUUGUCCUGGCUUCCAAAAACUUGAACCUUGAAUAAAUUUUGUUAUUUGGCUUUGCAAGAAUACAUAAGACUGACAUAUAUAGAACACUCACGGCAGAAAACAUACUUGCUGUAAAGGCAAUUUUCUGAGUUUAAGGGACUAAUAGGUCACUGGGGGAAAAUAUGAAAUCUAUACUAUGAGAUUUGCAAUUGACCAUGAACUUGCGUAAUAGACAAAAUUUUGAUCUCAACAAGUCUAGACAAAAAUAUCAUUACAGCUUGUAAGAGCAUCAACAAAAUUGGUAAUAUUCCAACGAUUCGUUGCAAAAUGUUGUAAAAGGCGGAUAAUAUAGCCUUGCGAAAUUUGCAAUUUUCAGUCAUUUUGUAUUACAAACGGGAAAUUGGCGCCCCGAUUGGGCUGUCAAUUUCCCGUGCGUAAUACAAAAUGACUGAAAAACGGCAAACUUCGCAUGGCUAUAUUAUCCGCAUUUUACAACAUUUCGCAACGAAACUUUGGAAUAUUACUAAUUUUGUGAUGCUCUUUCAAGCUGUGAUGAAAUUUUUGUUGAGGCUAGUUGAGAUCAAAUUUUUGUCUAUUACGCAAGUGGUCAAUUGCGCCACUAAAUUCAUAUGAACAAAUAAAAACAGUGUUAGUGUUGCCAUGGUAACUAUGUCGUUUUAUCUUCCGCACUUUUAUUGUCUAAUUUCAGAAUGAUUCGACAAAAUAUAUGUAUUUUUUUAUUUGGUGAAUUUUUCUGAAAUUUUGUUUGAAGAUGUAUUUAUAGCCCAUAAAGAGUAAUAUGUAUCAAAACUUGAAGGGAGUUUUUAAAAUACGUUUUUGAGAUAUUCAUGAGUAACAAAUGCAGAAAAAACCUAUCCGUAGAAUUACUUAAAAUUUCGACAUGUUUUACUACUUGUCCUGCUGAGCAAAUGUGGAAAAGUUAAAAAAAAAUCACACAAGGAAACUUGAGAAAAACAGCCCUGACAUCGAGUUAAUGUUCCUAAUGCGCCAAAAUUUCCAUUCGACUAGAUCACUAUCUGCGCAUGCGUAUAAAAUAAACUGCGUGAACAACAACACGAAACGCUGCCUAGUCCUUUUGUUUAGUAAUUUUUAAUUCAACUUUUUGGUUUACAUGUAGGAAACAGAUAUUUCUGAAUCGUUUGACACGAAAAUAAAAGAUUGAUGUUGAAAAACUGAUACUAAGGACACUAUUACGCAUUGUAUUAACCCAGCGUUUCCUUAAUUAAAUUUGUUUUCGUUUUUAAAGGGGAACUCCACUCCCAAAACAAGUUGGGUUUAAAUAAAAGAUCGUAUGUUUAUUAUAAAGUUCCCAAAUUGUCUCGAUCCUAAUAUUUAAGGAUAACGAGAAAUUGCUUGCCAAAGUUCAACUUUUUUUCAAAUUUGGCCGCCAUUUUGGUAUUUUCCAUGCAGACGCGGAUUUGUCAACGCCCUCACUUUUUGACGUCAUUUCGUGCUUUUGAGGUGUUUUUGAUAGCGCCAGCUAUAGUUUUGUAUGGCGAUAUUAACAUGAAUGUUGACUAUUUUUCGUUUUCAAAUCAUUCGUAUUCGUCAAAACAAAUUUUAUAGAGCUAUUUAUCAUCAUCCAAGUCAGGAGAUUUCAUUUUUAACAUUACUGAGUCUCUGACAGUGGAUAAAUCGUUGUACGAGCCAGAUCAUGGAACCUUGCUGGCAUUUACCGCAUUUUGGCAACGAACGCGUACAAAGCCAUAUAGGAUAUAGCGUGAUACAUCAGCAUGUAUUUCAAAGAUUUGCAGGUGAUUUUCCUAGAUACUUUUGACUACCAUAUCGUUUUAAUUUGCUGUUUAUCAACUUGGAUUUGCUGGCUUUUCAGACAUGGCCUUUUAAAGUACAUUGUGCAUGCAGUAUAGAGACAAGAAAGUAUUAAGUAUACGAACGCAUACAUCAUAGGAUUUGAACGUGAAUUUAAUGUUCUCAAUACAGAUAUAUCGGUGGGGACAGUAGACUAUAAACUCUCCACUAUCUCAUCAUGACUGCUGGUAUUUGUAUAACGUGCCCUGAACAUGCGUGCGUAUAAUAUUUUGUUUGUGUUUAAUCGUGUGUUUGCCUUAAUUCUAGCGGCAUUGAGUUCAACCACCAUCGGCGUAUUAAAUUGGCCUAACAGCAAGCAAACGAAAAAACUAUUAAUCCAUGCACAUUGAUUGAAACCUUAGGUUGUUUGCUAUAUAGUUAUAUUAACAAUCUGGAGCUUUAAGAUUUCCAGAUAUGAAAAAACAAACCCCGGUUGAUAGUCAACCCGGGCUCGUGUAAAGGGGUAAUACAGCUCACAAGUUUAUAGUCAAUUUGUACUUAACGCAUUAGUUACAGUUCUACUCAUUGUUUUCUGUAACAAAUUACAUUAAAUCUAACUACUGUACAUGUAAGUAAAAUUUUACUGAAUUAUUGGCGUGUGAGUAUUUUGCGCAUAGCCAUAGGUUAUAUUACUCAUAUAGGUUUUGAAUCGAGAUUGCUUGCAAAAUAGUCGCAGAUGAAGUGAUGAUGCUGCAUUACUGGGUUUUUGACAGUGGGUAAAUUAUGGCAUGGUUGCUAGCAUCAAACGCAAGCAAAGCCGUAGCAUGUUGGUCGAAUAUCGGUAAUCUGCAGCUCAUUGUACUGGAUACUGUUGAUUGGUAUACUGUAUCGCUUUAAUUUACUUGAAUUCAAUGAAAUCGUUGAACCUGCGAAUUCAAAUAUAGCCGGUUAGUAAUUAUUAAGCAUAAUGUAAUAAGUAACUCGCCCUACAAAAGUUGUUUUGAAUGACGAAUAAGAAUGGUUUGAAAACGAAAAAUAGUCAACGUUUAUAUUAAUAUCGCCAUACAAAACUAUAGCUUGCGCUAUCAAAAACACCUCAGAAGCAAGCAAAAUGACGUUUGAAAGUGAGGGCGCUGACAAAUCGGCAAUUGCUAGAUAGUAUACUUCAAAAUAAGAUUUCCGUUUUUAUAUCAAUUUUUAAAAUAAUUAAAAUAAGUUAGGGUUAGGUUAGGGUUUAGGUUAGGGUUAGGUUAGGGUUAGGGUGAGGGUUUGUAUUAGGGUUAGGGUUUAGCUUUGCGUUAGGAUAGUUUUUUCUACGUUAUAAAAAUGGAAACCUUAUUUUGAAGUAUACUAUCUAGCGAUCACCCUGACAAAUCCGCGUCUGCAUGGAAAAUACCAAAAUGGCGGCCAAAUUUGAAAAAGUCUUGAACUUUGGCAAGCAAUUUCUCCUGACCUUAUCCUUACAUAGUUGGACCGAGAUAAUUUGGGAACUUUCUGAUAAACAUAAGAUCUUUUAUUUAAGCCCAACUUGUAUUGGGGCUGGAGUUCCCCUUUAAGUUACGAGUUGUUUCUUUUUAUGAAAAGUCAAAUACGAGUUGUUUCUUUUUAUGAAAAGUCAAAUUUGUAGUUGAAUGUUUUGAAAAGUUUUCAUACCGACUUUAACUGUUUUAUUAGAUUUAGCAGAUAAAACAAUACAUGUGAAUUGAAUUGAAUUGAAUAACAGGACUAACUUAAAUAUCAGCGAGAGUACGUUGAACUGUUCAAGAGUUCCGACUGAAAACAGUACAUUUCAGUCCGCGAGACAACUUGAAAAUUUUGAGCAUUUUAAUUUAAAAGACAAUGCUAAACGUAAAUACAGGGGGUUCGUAACGUAAAACACUCUAAAAGAUACGCUAAAUGUUGUUUUUAUUGCGGACUAUAAAUUAUGUUUUAUACAAGGCAGUUUACAACUGCCACGGAAACUAGUAUAAGUCUUGUGAUUCAACCCACAUGUUGUGUUUUAUCUGCUGAAACUAAUGAAUAAUCUAUAUUAUAAUAUAAGUGGGAUAUAACAGACAAUUUGAUAGGCUAAUGCGCGCGCAUUGUUACGCAAUAAUCAAGGCGAUUUGUUUUAUAGCGCCCUGCAAUAGUGCACUGUGUUCCGUGGCACUGCCUUGCUUUUUCUGUGUUCCCCCGCUUCAUCUCUGCUUUUUAGUCAAAAAUAUAAACAAAACUAUAGAGCAUUUAAAAUACAAAAUAUAUCAGAAAGCAGGAAGGAAUAGACCAAAGGAACAAAGCAAUAUUAUCUGUAGCUCUACGUGUAAAAACAGCAUAAGAAUUAACCGGCUUUGCAUUCUUCGAAUUUGUUUUUGUUUCAAAAAGAAAAAGGCGUGCAAAAUAGUCGAGAAAAAACUUGAAAAAGAUACAGGAAUACCAAAAAGGCAACGAAAACUGAACAUAAGUGACUUAAAAAGUAUAUUCAAUGCUUUUGAUAAAAACUGCUAGAAUAAGAUAUAUUUUUGGCGAAAUGUACAAAAUACAAUAAUUUUAAAAAUUAAAACUGAGCAGCAUGGCAAAUCCGGCAGCACAAAUGCUUAAAAACAAAAAUUGUUACUGAUGUAAUAUCUUCUACUUAUAUUACAUUAUAAAAGAUAUAGAAAAAAUCGUCUUGUGCGUUUACGGUGUGAUAAUGCACUCGGGGAAUGUUGGGAGAACACUCGAGAAGCGUGUAAAACACUCCGCUACGCCUCAUGUUUUACACGCUUCUCUCGUAUUCUUCCAACAUUACCCGCGAGCAUUGUUACACCAUAAACGCACGCGACUCGUUUUCUAUUUCUUAAGUACAGACGGUUGCAAUUGAUACGAGUUGUUUGACGAAAAAUCAAAAUUGAAGUUGUAGUUGUAAAGUUUAAUAAUGAUUUUUUCACAUAGAUUUUCCACUUUGUAGGUUCACCAACACCACAACGCCAACGUGAACUGGACGAUUGGUGUACAGAUAAAGUUCCAUCCUGCACAACCAAAGAUACUUCCAAAGACUGCUACGGCUCUGACAAAUGUCAUGCUCGAUACAGCCCAAGUAAAGGGAAUACUAAAUCAUCCUGGCGUUGUUUUAGGGAUACUGGUUUGAGAAUUGACGGGCAUGUGUGGAGAACUAUUAGUUCAUGUUACUUUACCAGAGAUAAUAAAUUAGUACCAUUCGUUUACAGAUAUCCCAUAUUGGGUGAUUUCGAAAAACAGUCAUGGCUGGAUCAAUAUUGUCAAAAUCCUGAAGUUAACCCAAGUGUGAACGGCUGCACUAAUCCAUAUUUUGCAGAUUUUGCUCCGGAACCCCGACAAUUAGUGUGUCGUACUACAGACCUAACUAGCACAUGUCCUGAUAAAACUGACUUGAAUGAAGACUUAGUCAAUUUAAUUAAAGGUAAGGUUAUUUAAAAUAAAUUUUUCGGGUACUACACCGGAAAUCUUUAAACUUCCCUCGUCCUCAAUUUGAGAAAAAAAUUGUUUUGAUUCUCUAGAUAGUCGUACAACCGACAAAGAACCGCCCUCCUCUAUUGCAAUCCCUGCUUACUGCAUGCAUUUAUUUUCUUUCUUCAGGAAGCUGUGCGGAUGUUCCGCUCCUCAAUUUCCUUCCGAACAGUUUGUUUAAAUAUAAAUUUGAUAGCUAUAAGAUGUACGCUUUCUUUGCAAAGUUAAACAUUCCCGAUAGCGCAUGGUGUCCAACAUGGCCAACUUCGACGGAAGUUUAUAUGGUGAUUGAUUUUCGUUUCUUGCAUAAAAUUUGCGCUGUUGGAACAAAGGGGAAGGACGGCGAUUUCAUGGAGCUCUUCUAUGUAUCGUACUCCAAAGAUGGAAGCGCUUAUACUUAUUCUUCUAUAUUUGGAGAAAGAUUUGUAAGUAGGAACUACAAUUUUUUGUCUGUUUGCAUGGCUCUAUAGUAAAUCGUGUUAGUCAAGUUAAUCUUGGUGUCUCUAUUUCCUGUUAUGCAGAAGUAUAAGUGUAGGUAAUCAUGCGAUGGCGAGUACAAUUAUAGGGAUUAAUAGUACGAGUGAUGUUUGGAAAUUUUGCAAAAAUGGACGAGCAGCCGUACAUGUUUAUUAUUAGCACAUGACAAAAUUGGAUACUUCUCCGUCAAGAUCAUAUUCGCUCGCCAAAGCCCAGUCCUGCCAGACUUUCAACCAAAAUUUGGUACUUUUGUUCGUAUUUUCAUUUAGUUCUUUUGUUAAAGCAAAAUUUGGUGCUUUUGUUCGUAUUUUCAUCUAGUUCCUCAAGGGCAAUUUCAUUUCACAUUUGUGUUCAAAACACCUUUCCGCCAUUUUGUUUGUUUUGAGACUGCAGUACAAUUAAUGAAGUAGUAACCAAUCAGCAUCCAGUAAUUUUGUCAUGCUAAUAAUAAAAAAGGUAAUCCAACUUUGAUAUGUUAUCGAGCGUGAAAUACUGCGUUUAUAGGUUUUCUGUAUCGAUCAGUUAUUAGCUGUCAAAUGAUACCUUUAUUGAAUCAUUGCCAUCAAAACUGAUGAGAUACGAUUUUAUUUAAAGUUGUCGGUUUAAAUCGCUUGUUUCCACCUUUAUAAUUUAAAUGCUUUUUAAAAUUUUCGGACAGUUGCUCCAAAAAUAUUUCUGCAAAGCUUUGGAUCCGUAAGCCCGGAUCUUCAUCAGCGCUAAUAAUAUGUGAUUUGUUCAAUUCGCACGCUCCGUUUUUCACGCCCCCUUGUGAACUGAACAAGUCACAUAUUACUAGCACUAUUCUUGGGUUUCAUAUGACGUCACAGAAGUGAUCGUAUUCUGGCUAUUUGUGAUCGUAGUGAUUCAAGAAAUGUAUCAUUCGACAGCUAGACGAUACACUGUAUGUGUAUUGGCAUGAAAAAAUUAAAUGCAUAAACGUAAUAUGUAUAACGUGCGAUAACAUGCCAGAUUUGUAUUAACUUUUUUGAUACACUCUGUAUGUCUGUUAAGUUGUUAACUCUGACUCCGGUUCAAGUACGUAUUAAUUAAUCAUCUUUGUCUGUAUGUAUUUUAGGGAUUCAUCGGCCGAAAAUCCUUCAAAAAACAUUAUCUACCUGCGCCUGUUGAAGGAAGAUUUUUCAGAAUUACUUAUUCGGCCAUUAAACAAAAAAAGAAUUGUCUUAAACUAGAGCUGUAUGGCUCGUCCAAAGGUAAAUGUUCUGUUUGCUUCUCUGCCUGGGUGACUUCCACAGUGACGGCACAGUAUCAAUAACUUUGCAGCGCAGCUUCAGAAUCAGACUUAGAUUUAGGAAUGGUGCUAGGGUUUGGGUUUAGGGUUAUUGGGGUCACGGUCGUUGAUGGAUUUAAUACAUGUUACACCUUACAAAAUUGUUUCCGGAAAAAAUAUUUUCGGAGAACAACCUCCCCCCCUAAAUAUUUAACCCACAAAAAUGACUGGGGCCCAACAAAAAAAUUCCAGGGGGCCCCAGUACCUCGGGGCCCGGGGUAAUUUGCCCCCCCCCCUUGCCCCUCCCCCUCUCGGCGGCCCUGGUGGAAAGUAUUCUAAUGGUUCGGCCAUCCAAAGCCAUGGGCCCUCGAGAAAUUGUUCCAUUUUGUGGUCUGCAAAAUACUAUCGCAUUUACAUUAGAGAUACGUUUUACGAUGAUCUGAAAGCCGCAGAUUUGGAAUUACGCCCUCAGUUUCUCCUCAGUUUUGAAACAAUUAAUUCCAACAUUGCUCCUAAAGACGAGGGGGAGGGGGUCUCGACCUAUAAAUGCUUAUAUUUGUUAUAAAUAGCUCUUCGCAUAAUAGUUUCUUGUACAUUUGAGUUUAAAUUAAUAACCUUGCAUUGUUUUCAGAAUUUGAGGCAACCUCUUGUCAGUAUUACAAAGAUCAUCUCUUUGCUACUCUUGAUGGAUUUUAUAACAUUUAUCCGAAAGAUAAAGAAAUGAAACAACAAGUGUUCUGCAAAGGAAUUUCCGACGCUGGGCCUGCUGAAUCUAUUCCCUAUGGUCUUCUUGGUAUGCUGGUUGUUGAUACGUUACGGGAUUAUCCCCGAGCAAAGGCGAGGGUACUAAUUCCGCUCACCUAUUUACACCUGGGAAAAAUAUUAGGAUGGUCUGAAGCUCACCAGUAACGCAUGGUUAUGACCCAAGUUUCAUGGGUGGACUUCCUCACUGAUCUCAAAAAUGUGGCUGUUUGCCAGGAGAGGGAUUAGCAAGAUUUCAAUUUUCAAAGACAUAUAUUUGGAAAAUUGUUUCACACAGAGUCAAUGAGGCAUGAAGCAAUUAUAGUGUUUGCAGAAAUGAGAAGAAUUGAUUUGCAAUGGCAAAUCAAGAAAUGCAGAGCAAGUUUGCUUUGACUGCUGCUCCUUUUUCGUGAAUUUUAUUCCUUCAAAUUUUUCCUAAGAUUAGCACAGAUUUCCUGGUGAAUGAAGCUCUAAGUUUUCUUAUUUACCCUGGUUAAUGUCAGAAAAAAUUUAAAAUGCCAAUUUGAUUUAAAUUUUACAUUAAAUCGAAUGUCACAAAAUUCAAAUUAACAGUAUACAGUAUACCUACUAUAUAUAUUUCGGAAAUUCAUUGUUGAAUAGUUAAAAGCACUAAUCUUUUAACUAUUUGCCGUUUUAGUACAUAUAAUAAAAAAGAUAAAGAUUAAAAAUAGCAUGUUCUCAUGGCUGCACAUGACGCUGCGACGUUCAGUGUUGGCCAAUUACGAAUAUUUCGUGUUAAAUCAAUGUUUGGAAAAUAAAGGCGAGGGGUUGCUGCAUGCUUGUAAUAUCUAGUACAGUACCUAAUGCCAUGUACGAAUGUUGAACAAAGGGUUACGAUGCUGUAUUGGUUCCAUUUGGUGAAUAGUGAAUUAAAAUAUUUCAGUUUAUCCAUACUAGAUAGCUCAUUCGAUCAGUUCUGAACCGUUCUUCCUAGGGGUUGAGUUACCCUGCUAGCAGUUGUUUCUAGCCGAGCUGAGGAGAAACCACUGCGAGUAAAGGAAUAAUCGUCUAGAUCGCGUGAUGGGACAAAUCCGACGUCACUAUAGAGUUGACUUUAUUUCCUGUAGUUUGUUAUCUGUAAACAAAGAUGACACAGUUGUGUUUUGUUUGUUGUCUGUCAGUUUUAAUAAAACGAUUUUUUAUUCUACCUGCAGUUUACAAUUUAUAUCUCGGUUUUAAUAUCGUUGUUGCCAAUAUACUAAAAUAUUUUGAAAUUAGUGCCUCACGCAACAAAUGGACCAAUUGCAUUAUAGACUAAAUUUCGAUCUAAACAAGUUUAGACAAAAAUUUCAUCACAGCUUGAAAGAGCAUCACAAAAUUAGUAAUAUUCCAAAGUUUCGUUGCGAAAUGUUUUAAAAUACGGAUAAUAUAGCCUUGCGAAGUUAGCCGGUUUUCAGUCAUUUUGCAUUACGUGGGGGAAAUUGACAGCCCAAUACUCUUUGGGGCUGUCAAUUUCCCGUUUGUAAUACAAAAUGCUGACUGAAAAACGGCAAACUUCGCAAGGCUAUAUUAUCCGCAUUUUACAACAUUUCACAACGAAACUUUGGAAUAUUACCAAUUUUGUGAUGCUCUUUCAAGUUGUGAUGAAAUUUUUGUCUAGCUUUGUUUAGAUCAAAACUUAGUCUAUAAUGCAAAUGGUCCAUUGUGCAUUUGAAUUCUUCACCAGCAGUGGCAAGCUUGUACUCAUGCGCACAACAACAAAAACUUGUCAAAGCGGUUUUACCAGUUUCUCAUUAUUUUAAUGUAUUCGACCGUGAAUCUGGACGGCGGCUACAUCAAACGAUCGUUCGUUUGCUCGCAGUGGUUUCUCCUCAGCUCAGCUAGAAACCACUGCUAGUAGAGUAAAGGUUUAGUAAGAGUCAUCCCUUAUUUAUUCCUUGAUACUGCAGAUAUUAUGACAUAUAAAGAUGAGACAGUUCAAUGCGGCGCUUAUUUUUUGAGGAUGUAUUAGAGAGUUUCGGACUUUACUACCUCUAUACCAUUAGCCGUCAUAGGCUUAGUACUCAUCUGAUUGGUUAAUGAUAGCGAUAGCGGCAGUGAAAGUCAAAUCUGAACCUCUCAAUUGAUCCCGUUCAUUUUAGGUGUUGAAGCUGAACUUAUCGGUUGCUUUAAAGACAAUGAGACCCGAGCAAUUCCCAACAUGUUUUCUGUAUCAUCGGAUCAUGGCUUAGUUCAAUGUCAGGCGAUCGCUUCUGCAGCAGGAUAUGAAGUAUUUUCUAUACAAAAUGAAGUAUAUUGUUUCACUGGACCGCAGGCUCAUAUCACGUAUAAUAAAUAUGGUGAGGCAAGCAACUGUGUGGAUGGAAAGGGCGGCAUUUGGGUCAAUAACGUGUAUCGCAUUAGGAAAGGUGAGAUUUGGGAAAACGGGGUCACUUUCCUUAUUACUAUCCCGAAAUAACGUCAUAAGAUUAGGCGGUGAUUAAAAUGUAUGUUAAGUGUUCAGUUUAGGAUUCGGUUAGGGGGAAGGGCGAGAAUGAUAAGAAAAUCUGGUAUAUAUAUAUAUAUAUAUAUAUAUAUAUAUAUAUAUAUAUAUAUAUAUAUAUAUAUAUAUAUAUAUAUAUAUAUAUAUAUAUAUAUACUAUAAUUUCAUUGUGCUUGUUUGUCGUGAUCAAUCAAUCAAUCAACCAAUCAAUCAAUCAAUCACAGACUGAACCUGUUCAUAUGGCUUUAAACUAUCUUAUUGGAGUUUCUAUUACUAUGUAUUUCUAGUUGACAAGAAGUUGUUCUGGCCAUUAAAUACAACUAAAGAUGGCACCCCUGGCACGUUGAUCCACGGCAGACGCGCAGUGAAAGUACUACAGCACUCACAUGCUCGUGCAAUUGCCGACUUUCGCAGUCAUUGUAUAUCUGAUCCUCAACUAUGCAAGGAAGGUCUAAGCUUUCAAUUAUGGAUUUGGUUCAAGUCCCCUUCUGCACCGUUUCCAGUUGCUACUUCGGUACUUCGAUCUGGUCGAUCCGGAUCGCGAUGCUUUGUCAUAUACAUUAGACACCACCAUGUAUGUGUGAGGAUUCAUUUCUGGAGGCAUUCCUGGAUAGCAUGUGUAGGUCCUAUGGGUGAUCCAACGAACCGGCUUCAUGCAUUGGCCUACUGGGAUCAUGCAGCUGGGCUCACGCUAAUAGUGGAUGAUCUCGCGUUUCGCUCUCAUGGCCGUAUGAAAACCGCGAGAUCUGGCUUUAAAUUCUACGAUUCUGAUAGUCUCCUGCGAUUGGGAGAUUCCAAAGCAACUCAAUCACGUAGAUAUGCAAUUGCUGUGAAUUCUCUUACGAUUUGGGCACGGAAACUUUCUGAAAAUGAAGUGGAAGCCAUCUUCACUAAAG